UGACACCGUGAGAGUAACCUCCCCUGUCUUGAAGGUCAAUUUCGUAGUGGAGUAGUGUAAAAUAAAAAUUCAUGCACAGCCGAUUCAUCAAUAAAGGGUCAUUAAUAUUUUAACAAAGACCUAACGAUGCUUUCCGUCUGUGCCAGGAACUUACGGACGUUGGGCCGUAGCGGGAUUUACCAAUCCUAUCAUAUUAAUAAUUAUGCAACAUCAACAGAAGCCUCUUUUGAAACACAGCCCUAUAAACUUCACAAAUUAGAUGAGGGUCCAUCUACUAAUGUUAAUGUUACACGUGAUGAUGCUCUUACCUACUACCGCCAGAUGCAAAUGAUUCGACGUAUGGAGACCGUGGCUGGAAAUUUAUACAAAUCCAAAAUUAUUCGAGGAUUUUGUCAUCUCUACUCCGGACAGGAAGCCAUUUGUGUUGGAAUGGAAGCAUCACUCAACAAAAAAGAUGCAGUCAUUACAGCAUACAGAGCUCAUGGUUGGACAUAUAUUCGUGGUGUUUCAUUAGUAGGUGUCUUAGCAGAAUUAACAGGCAAACAAUCUGGUUGUGCUCAAGGAAAGGGAGGCUCCAUGCAUAUGUAUAAUGAUAACUUUUAUGGUGGUAAUGGAAUUGUUGGUGCUCAGGUUCCUCUUGGUGCUGGUAUAGCCUUUGCUUUGAAAUACCAAAACACAGACAAUAUUUGUAUUACCUUAUAUGGGGAUGGUGCUGCUAAUCAAGGUCAAUUGUUUGAAGCAUAUAACAUGGCUAAGUUAUGGAAUCUACCAUGUAUAUUUGUGUGUGAAAAUAAUGGUUAUGCUAUGGGAACUAGUUUGGAUAGAUCGUCAGCCAGUACACAAUAUUUUACUAGGGGAGAUUAUGUACCUGGAGUACAGGUGGAUGGUAUGGAUGUUUUAGCUGUUAAAGAAUGUACAAGAUUUUGUAAAGAUUUUGUCUUGAAGAAUGGACCAAUUUUAAUAGAAGCAUCAACCUACAGAUACAGUGGACACAGUAUGUCUGAUCCUGGCACAAGCUACCGCACAAGAGAAGAAGUUCAAGAAGUUAGGGAAAGAAGAGAUCCUAUUUCCAAAUUUAAAGAAAGAAUUGUAUCUGCUAAUUUAGCAACACCUGAAGAGAUUAAGAAAAUAGAUGUUGAAGUACGCAAGGAAGUAGAUGAAGCUACAGAAGUAGCCAAGAAUGAUAGAGAAUUACCUUUAGAAGAACUGUAUAAUAAAAUUUAUUCCAAUCCUGAACCUGAUUAUCAAGUGCGAGGUUGUGAUCCCACUAUUAUGGCAGCAUCUCAUUAGAUAGAUAGUAUUUAUUAUAAAAAUAAUGUUUGAUUGUGUAAAGAUAUUGUAAAUAGAUUAUAUACACUCUAAGCUUCUUAUAGACUGCAUGCUUUAAUAUACGCAUAUGAAGUGCUAAAGGCAAUGUCCCACCUAUGGAUAACAUUGCCUACCGUUAUUUGGAAAACUGAAAUGGAAGGACACAAAAUACCAUCAAAGCCACAAUAUGUAUUGCAAGGUAUAUGUUCAUGUCUUUAAUGUAAGUUACAAACCUGUCAUGAAAUAGAUUAAUUACAGGUACACACUGUUAGUCAAUUGGUUCUAGAAAUUAGUGAUUGGAGACUAAAUAAUAUUUAUGUGAAAAUCCUGAUGCUUCGUUACAAAGUUAAUAUGCGGCCUACUCUGACAGAGAAUGAGUGAUUCACAAGUUGCACACUUAUUAUAAAUUACUGAAUAUUUAUUUUGUUUUUAAAUAUUUAUUCAGUAUAAUGUUGAUAAGGUUUUAUUGUUUUAGACACUAUUAAAGAUUUGUUCUUUUUGUUUGAAAUGAAUGUUUGGGAUAUGUUUUGAAACUAGGAUUUUAUGUAUUAUGUUUAUCUAUUUGCCAAUCUUAUAGUGUUCACAAUAAGUACUGAUAUAUUUAAUAGUGCGAUUUCUGCUUUGCAGAUGAAAGUAACUUUAUAAAGUUACUAUUUUAGGUCUUAUAUUAAAGCGAGAAUUUCAAAUUUUCUAAGAAAGUCAAAACAUAAUUAUUUCUAUGUCUUUUGCCCAAUAGGUUAUAAAAUCACUAUUAUACGAUCAUGGGCAUUAUUUCCCACCCUUAAAAAUCUAUGACACAGGAAAUAACACAAUUACCUCCCCUGUUUUGCUAUUGACAACAUGGGGCAGCCUUUCCAACGUUGGAAUUGGAAGUUAAAAAUGAUAUUUUUGCCAAUUUCUCAGCUGGCAAUAGCGAAUUAUAGGAUUAAUAGGAUUAUUCUUUAACAAGGUAGGACUGUUUAUGGAUACCAUCUAUUUUAAGGCUUUAUUUUAAUACAUUUUAAAAAUAUAACUUGAAAAUUUGCAAUUUCUGCUUUAAGGUUUAUGAUAAGAAUGUUAUUUAAAGUGUAGGCAUACCUACAUGUAUUUUGGCGAAACAAUACAUAGAAGAACUUAUUGUCAUUCUGGGUAAUACUCAUCAAAUCUCUAAUUAAAGAAAUAUGACAUAUGUUCUUAUCUUUCCUUUGAAUCUAAGAGAAUAUUUAUUGUACAAAAAUAACCUCAAAAAAUCCAACUCUGUUUCAUCCUGAUAAUCAUGUAUUGAAUUUGUAAUAUAUAAAUAGGGGAAUACAGGACAUGUCUUGCCAACUUAUCUAUUGUUUGAAAUGUUUAAGCAAAAUGUGUGAUCUGUGCUUUGUGUGGUUAACAGGCAUAGUUUUACUAUUGACUUGGGAAUUUAGCUCUGGUCUGGCGUUCAAUUUGCUCAAAUUUAAUUGGAUUAAUUAAUGUUUUUAAUGCCGAAUUAACAUCUUAUGGUAUAAUAGUUGAGACCUUUGCUAAGUUCUUAAAAAAUAUAGUAAUUACAUAUAAUCUAGAAUUUUAAAUGUCAUAUUACUGAUAUAUUUUAUAGACAUACCACUUGGAAUAUUAAAACCUGAGAAUUUGUUCAAAUUUAAUUGAAUGGAGGGAUUUGAAAUAGGUCAUGUUUUGAUGAGAAAUGUACCGGAUUCCAAAAGAAAGUGAGAGUAUAAUAUAUAAAUACAUGUAUAGUGAUAAAUAUGAAAUAAAAUAUAUAAAUUUA